AAUGUUUCUUCUCGAGUACUUCACCAGCAACAACCCCCCUCCCCUUUAGCCAUGGCGACAGUGGACGUAAUGUCAUAUCGAACACCAGUACCGCUCCAAUGGGAGCUGACCCGACAGAGCGAGAUCUUCCUCGAAGAUGGACUUUAUCCGCAAGCCUACACUCUACUAUAUAAUGUCCUAGCAUCAGGAACGAUCUCGUCUUCCAAAGCAGUGAUACCACUACCACAGAAUCUGGCCGUCGCAGCCACGAUGCUGGUGCACCCGAAAACGACGACGCGCGCCCAGUCUGGGUACGAGAAAGAAGCAGCCAGUGCAGCAUUGCGAUUCCUUCGACUUACGAACUCACUCGUCAGCCCCAUGGAUGCGAAGUUUGAUGUCGCUUUUGCUUUUACGCAUUUUGAGUCUUCGCGGCAGGGCAGGCGCCGGCAGGAUAGUCCUACGUCCUUUGAACCUGUCGAUCCAGAUACUAGGCCUCUUAACACGAAGUUCAAUCAAGGUUCUUCACUGUGGACACGUGCAGAGGACUUUUGGCACGCUGUUGGCUGGGCAUUUAAUUGUUCGGUGCUUCAUCCGGCACGGUGGGAGCGCUGGCAGGUCUGGCUGCAGUUUAUGUGCAAUGUACUUGAAGAUGAUUGGAAGGAGCGGGAGAGGAAAUAUACAGAGGCUAGGGAGAAUCAAAAGUCGGAUUCGGAAUUGUCAGAAAAAUACGGAAAUUUGGAGACGGAGAACGGGCGGGGGGUUGACUCAACGGAGAGCAAACCUCGGAGGGGGAGACCGUCGAAGGUGGCGCCGGUGCCGAUUGAUGAUGAUCUAGAAAUCUUCCGAGAAAGCUUGAUCUUCCGCUACAUCACCUCGAACACCACACACGGACGGAAUCGCAGGAUCAUGCGGGCGAUCUUCGCCAACGGCAAAUCAAGUCUCGGCGAGUUCAAAGAGGUCUUCGCCGAUGAACUGAAAACCUCCAAAGAGGAUACGCAAAACACCAAGAAGCGGGCAGGCGAGGUCAACCUCGAUCUGGACCAAUAUGGCGAUUAUCAAGAUCAUUCCGACGAGGACGAAGCAACUUCAGACUCCGCCUCCAGGCCAACAAGACGCAGUAAGCGUACCCGACGCGGAACGCGCAACGCAAUGGCCGACCCCGACGACGACUUCGAGAUGAACGAAAUACCCUCCUCCACCUCCCAAGACACCACCGAUCUUUCCAGUCUGGGCGGUUACACCUCCCUCGCCCUCCGCCAACAACUCCUCAGCAUCCUCCGCCGCGUCUCCGAAAAACUCCCACGAGACUUCAUCCCCCUCGCAGACCUCUACCACACCUUCGUCGAAAACAUCCGCGACCUCCCCCUCCCUAUCUUCCAGCACUUCGUCACCCCCUCAACCCUCCCCCAUUUCCGCCCAGAAGCCCACUCGACCCUAUGCGAACUCCUCCUCUACGUCAUGCGCGAGAGCUCCGCCCCAACCUCAGACGCCCUCUGCCUCACCCAGUCCAAGCUGGAGGAAUGCUUCCUGCCCUAUGCGGCCGCGACGCCAAGUGUCGGCAACAAUGCUAAGAUCUCGAUCUUGCUCGAGGCGCUGAUGACGCUCUUGUAUAAGAGUAAAAUGCUGUCUGUCUCGGAGGGGUUGAGGAAUGCUGUAAUGGCGGGUAUUGGGAGGCGUGAGGAGGCGACUCGGGACAGGGAGUCGGUGGAGUGGGAUUAUUUGAGGGAGAGUGGGUUUAGGUUGAAGUUUAUGGUUGAGCAUAUCUUACCUUGA